CUCAGGCAACUUUCAAUUGCAACACGCAAAUCGUCAGCCCAACAAAGCAAACUUGAAAAAUGAAAAUCUUCUCGCUUGGUGGUGUCCUUACCCUUUCCGCCGUGGCCAGCGUGGCUCUGGGAGCUCCCCAGCUGGAAUCCCGCUUCCGUCGCGAUGUCUCCGAACUGGUGGAUCCCGCCGCCGCGGAGUACCUGCCUCCCUCGAUCACCGAGGCUGUGCUCCUGAAUGCCGAGCCCUUGGAGGCUGAGCUCCAACCCGAACCGGAGGUGGCUCCAGAAGCUGAACCCGAAGCCGAAGCCGAAGCCGAGGGCACUGUCCUUGGUGAUCAAGGAUACGAGUACCGCACGGUUCGCCGCCUGAAGCUGCGCCACCGCAAUCGCCGGGAUGUUUCCCACUUGCAGCCAGCCAGGCAAUACUUGCCACCCAGCAAGUCCUACUUGCCACCAGCCCAGGAGGCUCCUGCUGCUCCUGCAGCUAUUUCUGCUCCUGCCGAUGACACCGAGGAGGUGGUGUCCGCCGCCGAGCCCAAGGUGAGCAGGGAGUACCUGCCACCCACCGAGGCUGCUCCUCUGGCUGAGGAAACCACCGAGGUAGCUGCUCCUGCUCCCGAGGAGCCUGUCGAUGUCCGUGUGGUGGAUGUGCCCACCGUUUCGGGGCAACUGCUCCAGGACGGCUACCACUACCAGCAGCCAGCUGCGGUCCCAGCCGAGCUGAAGGAAGCCGCCCCCGAGUACCUGCCUCCCAAUGAGGAGGAGGUGGUGGUGGUGGAGGGUCCUGCCGGAGGAGAGAGCGCCGUGCUGACCAGCGAUGGCUACCAGUACCGCGCCAUCAGGCGAUUCAGGUUUUAAAUUUCUCAGUUUGCCAGCGGUUUGCUUGCGUUUCUUUUUUCCAUCUUUUGAUUGUUGUUGAUGUUUUUUAAU